AUGUACAGGCAUGUGCUGUUAAGUGGUACAUCUCUCUCCCCCUCCUCAAACGAGGCGCACUUCGUCUCAGUUUGCUCAACUGCGCCACAUCUGGGAGCAUCCAGCUCCCCAUGUCUAGGACCUGCAGUAGGCACUGGAUCUCUCCCCGGCACUGGCAUCCCAGAUGGCAGGCGGAUGAGUAAGCGAAGGGCGAGAUAUGGAGCAGCUGGAGCUACUAUGCGUAAGGCUGAAUUAGCUUUUAUGGGUAGCUGUACAGAUACACCUAUUUACGAGGAAAGGGGAGGUGCAUCACUCUUCAUACAUCUCAUAUCCAUGUUCCUUAAAAUGUCGAAGAGAAACAAGAUGCAAAGCUGUGGAAAGCUUAGUCCCCUUUGUGAAAUUUGGCAACGCCGCGUGCGCCACAUGGGGGCAUUCCUUCCGUACCUGCAAUACGCCGUGGCUGCUAUUUUUACUUCUGUAUCUGUACUAGAAAUAGCAUGCCUACGAAAAGCCAACACAGCACUCAGCGGUAGCCUGUACGAAGCACAAAGCGCCGUCAACGGCCAGAGCUGUUUCAAAGCCGUUAGAAAGCCCCCUCGAGUUGCCAGUUAG